UUCAUUUCACACAUCUAGCAAUGAAUAGAAAUAUGGCAACAGGUGGUUGUGACCCUCCUAUUCCACCUUCAGGAAACUCAGAUAAGGAGAAGGGGAAGAAGAAAGCUUAUCCGGUGAAGUUGAUGUCCCGUUUCAAUAAUGUAAGUAGUUCAAGUAGUCAACCAUCUACACCUACCUCCACUACUAGAUCUGUUCCACCACCAUUGGCAAUUCCUGGUUUGACACCUAUUGCACCAUUUAUUCCACCUUCAUUGGAAGUUCCUGCCUUCACACCUAGUCCACAACAACGUGGUGCUGAUCAAUGGAGAUCACCCUCCCCCCAUGUUGAUUCUAACCCAACAACUCCUACAAAUAUUGCACCAACACCUCCUACAGGGGAUGGAGUUCCACAUUCAAGUUCAACGGGAAAUUCUGAAGAUGUUUCCAACAAUCGUCCAAUCAUUACACCUAUUGGAGGAGGGUAACAAAUAAUUCAUUUUAUGUACCUAAUUGUAUAAUAAUGUAAUAUUCUAAUA